AUGCAUUCACCACCACCACCAUAUCUUUACAAGUCUCCACCACCACCGGUGCAUUCACCACCACCACCAUAUCUUUACAAGUCCCCACCACCACCGGUGCAUUCACCACCACUGCCAUAUUUGUACAAGUCUCCACCACCACCGGUGCAUUCACCACCACCACCAUAUCUGUACAAGUCUCCACCACCACCACCACCAUAUUUGUACAAGUCUCCACCACCACCGGUGCACUCACCACCACCACCAUAUUUGUACAAGGCUCCACCUCCACCGGUGCAUUCACCACCACCACCAUAUUUGUAUAAGUCUCCACCACCACCAGUUAAGUCACCACCACCACCAUACUACUACAAGUCUCCUCCUCCUCCUCCGGUGCAUUCUCCACCACCACCUUACUACUACAAAUCCCCACCACCACCAACAAAGUCUCCCCCACACUAUUACUACAGUUCUCCACCACCACCAAAAUCCUACUACCUCGUACCUUACCCACACCACAAGAAACUCAUCGUAAAGGCUGUUGGCCAAAAAGAAAUUUCUGCAUAUGGAAAGACUAAGAUCAAUGGCAAAUAUGCAAUUACUGUUGAGGCUUUGGACUAUUCCAAAUAUGGAGGAUCAAAAGCUUGUACCGCUAAGCUUCAUAUGGCACCAAAGGGAACCAAAUAUAAUAGUUCAACAAAUCUUCAUGGUGGUUUGAAGGGUGCCGUGUUAAAGGUCAGAUCCAAAAAUGCUUAUGAGGUUGUCCUUGACGCUGAACCAUUUGCAUAUGCUCCUAAGACUCCUUCUACGCUUUGUGAGAAGCCAAAGCCAAAACCAAAGCCCACUCCUUCUCCAUAUUAUUACAAAUCUCCACCAUCACCGCCACCCACUUACUUGUAUAAGUCUCCCCCUCCACCCGUUAAGUCUCUUCGAGAAUAUCACUACACAUCACCCCCACCCCCUAAGAAAUCAACACUUCCUCCAUACCACUACAUAUCACCCCCACCACCCAAGAAAUCACCACCUCCCCCAUACCAUUAUACAUCUCCUCCCCCACCGGUUAAAUCUCCACCACCACCAUACCACUACACUUCCCUUCCACCACCAGUGAAGUCUCCUCCCAAGUACCACUACACAUCACCCCCACCACCUAAGAAAUCACCACCUCCACUAGACUACUACAAAUCGCCUCCACCACCGGUUAAAUCUCCACCCCGACCUUACCAUUAA